CCUCCCACGAGCUACGUGGUCCUAUUGAAAUGUUUAACAUAUGUUUCUCUUAUAUUCUCCUUCAUGGGUUUUUCCCUUACCAAAAAAACAUAUCCACUCUAUCCGUCUCUUCUCAAGCACAUCGUUCUCCCACUGAGUGAAUCAUGGCGGGCGUCGAAGUUAAAGAUUCGUGCAUCAUUUGCAACACAUCUAGUGCUAACUUUUGCGACCGUUGCAAGAGCAUCCGCUACUGCUCAAAAGCAUGUCAACGUGCUGACUGGCCUACCCACAAGCUUCUCUGUAAAGCAUUUUCGAAUUUCGAUACUACCAAGCGACCAAGCAAAAAUCACUUUCGAGCAAUCUUCUUCCCGGUUGACAAGGAGAAACCCGAACUCAUCUGGCUUCAUUGCCCGUGGCGCGAUGACGAAGAGGAUGGAUGGUAUCAGCAUCCUGACAAGAAGCCAUUUCUAGGUGUAGACGUGUUUGCUAGUACCACGAGUAUUCAGCGCAACCGGAUCUUGGAAAGGGAUCUUUCGGAUACAAUCAAUCUUUGCUAUAGCGAUUCUUUUCUUGUCGAUGGAUCCAGGCCCAAUAGAAGUAUCGCUGCUAUCACUGCCACGAAACCAUACCGGUCCCUUGACUGGCGAGGCCCGAUACUAGCUUAUGGAAAGGAGGGGCUUGGUAUCGACCAGAUCGCUUGUAAGGACCUUGACUUGAACGACUUCCGACAUGUGGCCGAUCUCUUGAUCUCGUAUAGCCUUGAUCCAGUGCCGGUCAAUCGGCAGUUGUCGCAACUGCGCCAAAAGUCCGUCGGCGAGAAGAUCAAGGGUGUCAGGAUUAAUUGUAUCGGGGACCAGAAGAUGUGCGGGCGGCCGAAGUUUGAGGCAGUUGAGAUUGCACAGCCAGACCCUAUCUUCUCUUAUGGCGACGUCUCCGAGAUUAUGAAACGCGUUGAGCUGCCCAUCAUCACACAACAUUGCCGUCCCGACCCAAAGUGGGCCAACAACGAGAACUACAAGGCCUUCGAAGGUAUGAGCCCCUUUAAUAAUCAAGACGCUACCUACCUCCAUCUGUGCUGCGACCCGAACGCCGACCUUAAACUUCAAAUGGGGAAAUUAGGUUGGGGAUUUGCCCCCUUGAAAUGGCAGGACGGCGUAGGGAGUGUCAUCGUCGUGCGUCAGGACAAGAAGCCACUAUUUCCAUUGCAUAUGGAGGCGAUGUGCAAAUACUGCCGUUACGAUGCGAGUGAUCUAAUUCGUCACUCUUUGGGGGAAUAUGCGCCGGAAAAGCCAAUGGAAAAGGGUGAUGUGCUGACUAUGAUUUGCCGGCCUGCUUUUGUCAUAUUUUGGUAUAAGCUACUAGAUGAAAGGCGGAAAAAGGGGGAAGAUAGCAGCGCACCAUACCCCUACUACGAUGUAUAACGUCAUCAAAGCCGAGCUCUAGUGUAUGUUGAGGAUCACUGGUUUAGGGAAUCGAAAAUCAAUAUGCUUUCAUAUAAUUCACGAACUAGAUGCAGAAGUGGGAAAAA